AUGCUUACUUCCAGAACCAUUCUUUGCAAGUCGAUGCGUGCAUCAUCCAGGUUAUCUUUGCUUCUUAGAACCAUGGCUACCGACGCUGAUACUUCCUCCUCUUCUGGUAAGGUCAAUUUUGAAAUUAACGGUACUGCAAGAAUCAUUUCUCUCAAUAGAACUCGAAAGCUAAAUGCUUUGGAUGCUGAUAUGUGCUCAGAAAUCAUUCCUAGACUUGUCGAAUUCAACAAAUCCAAGGCCAACAACUUGAUCAUUCUCCGGUCGCUUUCUCCAAAAGCUUUCUGCGCAGGAGGUGAUGUUGUUUCAUGUGCCAAGUACAACAUGAAUGGAGAGCCGGAGAAAUCCGUGCAACUCUUUGACAAAGAGUACAAUUUGGAUUAUCUUUUGGCUGUUUACGGAAAGCCAGUUGUCUCUCUUGUGAAUGGUAUUGCUAUGGGAGGUGGCGUUGGUCUUGCAGUUCACGGACCUUUCCGUGUUGUGUGUGAGAGUACCAGAAUUGCCAUGCCCGAGACUAGAAUCGGUUUCUUUGAUGAUGUAGGAACUUCCUUUUGGCUUCCAAAGCUUGAUGGAAACCUAGGAUUUUACUUGUCGCUUACUGGCAACGAUUUACGUGGUCUAGACACCUUAAUCGGAGGAUUCGGUACUCACUAUGUUCCAUCUAAUAGAUUUGAUGACUUGACUGAGAGAUUGUCUUAUUUGGAGCUUGAGAAUUUGUCUGCUGAUAGAAGAAGAGAGAUUUUUAGUAACCCUGAUGAGUACUACGCUCUAGUUAGUGAGGCAAUUGAAGAGUUUACCGAGGAUAUUCCUUCCGACCAUCAAUUCAAGUUCACACCUGAACAGUUGUCCACUAUCGAAAAGUGCUUCAACCCAAAGACUCAUAAAUCUGUAGAGCAGAUUGUGGAUGAUUUGUUAUCUGAUGGUACCGAUUUUGCUGUGGUUACUGCUAAGAACCUCCAAUCCAAGUCGCCAAUUUCCCUUCAAGUGAACUGGCAAUUGAUGUUGAAAGGUAUGAACAGUACAAUCCACGAGGCUUUGAACAACGAACUCAAAGUUGCCUCUAAAAUGAUGGUUAAUUACAAGCCUAACGAUUUUAAUGGGGCUAUCGACGCUAGACUAAUUAAGAAGAUCCCAGACUCAGAAAAGAUUGAGUACAAGUACAAAGAUGUGGCCUCUGUUCCUGCUUCUGUGAUUGAUGAGCUCUCAUCGUUGGAAGUUUUCAACCCAGAUGCUGGUGAGGGAGAAAAUGCAGAGAGUAAAGUGUCACUUCUAGAGAACUUAAAGAUCUCUCAAUUCGAAGAGUGCCCUAACUUGAUGCAGAAUUACACUAGGUAUCCAUAUCAGAUGGGACUUCCUUCUCAAAAGGAGAUUUCGCGCUAUAUCAAAGGAGAAGAUGACUCUAACAGACAGUACUCUGUGACGAUCAAGGAGGCUAUCAAGUAUUUCCAGAGAAAGUACAAGAACAAGAACGGUGUUACUUAUAAGGUGAAGAAUGUUCUUGGUAGAAAGACGAAACCAAGUGAGUAUGGCAAAGAGUAUUUGGAUUGGGUGGAUUGA